CAAUCAUAUGCUACCGUGUCUAUCAUUUGAACAGACUCUGGCUCUCUUCCUCCAUUACCGAUUUUUUUGAAGUAGGAGCAGGAGAAGAGAACGAGAGGAAACGAUUCGACUGCGUACGCGCAUUAGGGUUCUUCCUUCAUCUUCCAUCCUAUUUUUCUCUCAAAGAUCUGAAAGCGGUUUCAUCUUCAUUGCGUUAAUGUGGUAGUCUUUACUUCUUUUGCGGUCACAAUGAGCGAUCGAAGGACCGGUGGAGGUAGAGAGCUAUAAGCAAUGUUUGACUGACAUGACAAUUGAUUUGCGGAUGUCAAUGGCGCAAAGUGUACGAACCGGUAGAUCUUCGUUCAGCUCCAGCAACGGAAAUGGCGACGCGCCUUUUCACUCUAGCUCAAACGGUGAUGAUUACGACAGUGACGGCUCCAAUUUUGCACCACCUACUCCAGGGACUUUGUCAAUGGCUGUAUCUGCAGAACUUGCUGGUGCUAUACCUUUGAUUGAUAAAUUUCAGGUGGAGGGAUUUUUGAGAAUGAUGCAGAAACAGAUUCAAUCUGCUGGAAAACGUGGGUUCUUCUCUAAAAAAUCUCUUGGACCUCAAGUUCCGGGAAAGUUCACCUUUGAGGAUAUGCUGUGCUUCCAAAAGGAGCCAAUACCAACUUCUCUUCUUAAAAUCAAUGGUGACCUGGUAAGCCGAGCAGUAAAAUUGUUUCAGAUAAUUUUGAAAUACAUGGGCGUUGAUUCAUCAGAUCGAGUAACGCCAGCAAGCUUAGAUGAGCGGAUUGAACUUGUUGGAAAACUAUAUAAGCAUACUCUGAAGCGUGCAGAGCUGCGGGAUGAACUCUUUGCUCAGGUUUCAAAACAAACAAGAAACAAUCCCGAUAGGCAAUACUUGAUCAAAGCAUGGGAGUUGAUGUAUUUAUGUGCAUCCUCGAUGCCGCCAAGCAAGGACAUUUGUGGAUACUUAUCUGAAUAUGUCCAUAAUGUGGCACAUAAAUCAAGUACCGAUUCUGAGAUUCAAAUCCUUGCAUCCAAUACCUUAAAUGCUUUGAAGUGUUCUGUUAAAGCUGGCCCUAGGAAUACGACACCUGGGCGUGAGGAAAUUGAAGCCCUUCUAACUGGUCGAAAGCUUACAACCAUUGUGUUUUUUCUGGAUGAAACUUUUGAAGAAAUAUCGUAUGACAUGGCGACUACCGUGGCCGAUGCUGUAGAGGAAGUUGCAGGGAUAAUUAAACUAUCAGCAUACUCUAGCUUCAGUCUGUUUGAAUGUCGUAAAGUUGUUACUGGUUCAAAAUCACCUGAUCCUGGGAAUGAGGAGUAUAUCGGGUUAGAUGAUAACAAAUAUAUCGGGGAUUUGUUGGCGGAAUUCAAGGCAGCUAAGGAUCGAAGUAAAGGAGAAAUUUUGCAUUGCAAACUAACAUUUAAGAAGAAGCUUUUUCGGGAGUCGGAUGAAGCUGUAGCGGAUCCAAUGUUUGUGCAAUUGUCAUAUGUGCAACUACAGCAUGAUUAUAUAUUGGGUAACUAUCCAGUUGGUAGAGAUGAUGCUGCACAGCUAUCUGCAUUGCAAAUCUUAGUCGAGAUUGGAUUUGUUGGCAGCCCCGAGACAUGCACUGAUUGGAUUUCACUCCUUGAACGAUUUUUACCUAGACAAAUUGCAAUAACUCGAGCAAAGCGGGAAUGGGAAUUGGAUAUUCUCUCUCGUUACCGUUCAAUGGAGCAUCUGGCAAAAGAUGAUGCGAGACAGCAAUUUUUGCGGAUAUUGAGAACUCUACCGUAUGGAAAUUCUAUUUUCUUCAGUGUUCGCAAAAUUGACGACCCAAUUGGACUUUUGCCCGGGCGAAUCAUUCUGGGCAUUAAUAAACGUGGGGUUCAUUUCUUCCGUCCAGUUCCAAAGGAGUAUUUGCAUUCAGCUGAGUUAAGAGAUAUAAUGCAGUUUGGUAGUAGCAAUACAGCUGUUUUUUUCAAGAUGAGGGUUGCUGGUGUUCUGCACAUAUUCCAGUUUGAAACCAAGCAGGGAGAAGAAAUUUGUGUUGCUCUUCAAACGCACAUUAAUGAUGUCAUGUUGCGCCGCUACUCUAAAGCGCGGUCUGCUACUGGCGGAUCAGUGAACGGAGAUCUUUCUAAUGGUUUCAAGCCUUAUAAUGUCGAAGUGUAUGAGAAUCGUGUACAGGAUCUAUCUAAAACUGUUGAAGAAUCUCAAAAGAACGCUGAUCGAUUAUUGGAAGAAUUGCACGAGAAACAAAAGCAACAAGCAAAAAUACAAGAAGAAUUGGAAGGCUUGAAAGAUUCAUUGAGGUCUGAGAAGCAAAUUUUAGCUGAGGUAAUGGGAGAUCGUGAUAGACUUCAAUCAUUAUGUGAGGAGAAGGAUGCGACUCUUCAAGCUUCGUUGUUGGAGAAGAGAAACAUGGAAGCUAGGUUGGCUAAGUUGGGUAAUAUAGCUCAAGAGAAUAAUGCCAAAAGGGAUUUUUCUGGGGUAAAUAACCAGGUUUUGCACAAGCUCCAAGAUGAUUUAAAACUUUGCGCUGAAAAGGUUUAUGCAGCAGAAGGAAAAACUAAAAGACUAGAAAAUGAGAAGCAAGUAUUGGAACAAAAGAUUUUUAGGCUUGAAAGCAAAGCUGAAGAGAUGGAAAAUCUUAAGAAAAAUGAACAAGAAUGCAAAGCCUUAAAGCUUCGAGUUUCUGAACUUCAAAAGAUGCUGGAGGGAGUUAGGCAAGAUUUGGAUGUUGCUGAAUCAACUCUUACAAUUAGGAAUUCAGAGUUGGAGACCUCUCAAAAUAAUUUGAAGGAAUUAGAGGAAUUGAGAGAAAUGAAAGAGGACAUUGAUAGAAAGAAUGAGCAAACUGCUGCCAUCUUGAAGAUGCAAGGGGCUCAACUUGCUGAGUUAGAAACACUUUACAAGGAAGAACAAGUUUUGCGGAAACGGUAUUUUAAUAUUAUAGAAGAUAUGAAAGGCAAGGUUAGAGUAUAUUGUCGUAUAAGACCUUUAAAUGAGAAAGAAAUUGCUGAAAAGGAGAAGGACGUUCUUACAAGUAUAGAUGAGUUCACAACUGAGCAUCCAUGGAAAGAUGAUUUAGCUAAACAACAUACAUACGACCGUGUAUUUGAUGGUAGUGCUACCCAAGAAGAUGUCUUUGAGGAUACAAGGUAUUUGGUGCAGUCUGCUGUAGAUGGCUACAAUGUCUGCAUAUUUGCUUAUGGUCAAACUGGUUCUGGAAAGACGUUUACAAUAUAUGGUUCUGAGGGCAAUCCUGGACUCACUCCACGGGCGACAAUGGAACUUUUUAAAAUAUUGAGACGUGACAGCAAGAAAUUCUCAUUUUCAUUAAAGGCAUACAUGGUGGAGUUGUAUCAAGAUACCCUUGUAGACCUUCUUUCACCAAAGAACGCAAAGCGGUUUAAAUUGGAGAUUAAAAAAGAUUCAAAGGGCAUGGUAUCUGUGGAAAAUGCAUCAGUUGUACCAAUAUCAACAUAUGAGGAGUUAAAAAGCAUUAUUCAAAAAGGAUCUGAACGACGACAUACAUCUGGGACUCAAAUGAAUGAAGAAAGUUCUAGAUCUCAUCUGGUCCUUUCAAUUGUGAUUGAAAGCACCAACCUUCAAACCCAGUCUGUUGGCAGGGGGAAGCUGAGUUUUGUGGACCUUGCUGGUUCAGAAAGGAUAAAAAAGUCUGGCUCUGCGGGUUCUCAACUCAAGGAAGCCCAGAGCAUCAACAAAUCUCUUUCAGCGCUUGGGGAUGUUAUUAGUGCUCUUUCUUCCGGUGGUCAACACAUUCCUUAUAGGAACCACAAGUUAACGAUGUUAAUGAGUGAUUCGCUCGGUGGCAAUGCCAAGACACUGAUGUUCGUGAAUGUAUCUCCUGCUGAAUCAAAUUUGGAGGAGACCUACAAUUCUCUGAUGUAUGCGUCAAGAGUCCGGUCAAUCGUAAAUGAUCCUAGCAAAAAUGUUUCUUCUAAAGAGAUGGCUCGUUUGAAAAAAUUAGUUGCAUAUUGGAAGGAACAAGCAGGUAGGAGAGGAGAUGAAGAAGAUUUGGAAGAGAUUGAAGAUCAACUAGCAAAAGAUAGGACAUAUGGCCGCCAUUCCACAUAGAGGUAUGUACAGUAAAUUUUGGGUCUUGCUGCUUUACCAACAUUAUAUAUCAUGGCUCGUAUAUAUGCUAUGAGUAAUACUAGCUAGGGUUUUGGCUGCACUGUGCGUGACUCUUAGAUAUCAACAGCGUCUUGGGUCCGGAUGAUAUAUAAUCAAAUCUUAUUGGGGCUGGGAGGCAUAUGAUUGGUGUGAUGGAUUGUAAUGUGAAUUGGUGUAUGUAUUGCUAAUUCUAUUUUAUUUGAACACCUUCGCCAAUGCAAGUUGAAUCUUGCAUUGUCCAAAUUAUUUUGUUUGCCUCCUCUUCUUAUACUAUAUGCUGUAUUUCUGUAUGUAUAAUCCUCUGUACCGCUCUAAAAGUAUCAGAUUUCAUUGUGAACACUGAGCCA